CAUCUUCACUCACAUGAGAAAUCUGACCGCACCACCACCACGGAGUACGGACAGGAAUUUCCAGGAAUAGAUCAGAGGAUCACUCACCAAGAUGAUCACCGGGAUUACCACCUCAGAACGGGGGAAGAACUUUUUGAAACUUAAGAGUUUGGGUAUUUCCCGUAAUGUAUCAUAUCGGUCCUUAAAACCGAGAACGAGAACGAGAACUAGACAGAUCAAACUAAGUUGAACUGUAAGUAACGUAUUAUUUAAUGUGUUUGGUGCAGCUAGUAUCAAAGCUAUACACGUGCCAGAUUAUAAUAAUUAUCAAGUACAACUAUACUUAUUGACAUCAACGAAAGAGUUGUAUUUAAGACUACUAUUAUUUCGUAAGUAUUAUUUAGUAAGUAAUUUCACUGAACUAUAAAUAUAAAAAAAGGUGCUAUGUUUUAUAAUUUAAUAAGCCUUCCAAUUUUAAUUGUUUGUCAAUCGUUUCACUACUUAAAUUGAUUUUUGCCCUUAAUGAAUUAAUAUACAGAGGGCCGCGUUAACUCCGCAUUACAAUUAAAUAUCUCAUUUUAGAUUUAUACGUUAAGAAGAGUUCAGAUUAUAAACAAUUAUAAUUUGUCAUGGCAUAUUAAAAGUUAACUCCGAAAAAUUUCAAUGUUUAAAAUAAUGCUACGUGAUUCGAUUAAUUAUUUACUGUUCAUGAUAUUUUUUAUGAUUUUAUCACUAGUACAGGUAAAAUCCUGAAAUCUGGAUAUGUAAUGUUCGAAUCGUUCUAGAUGACGAGCAUACGAAAUUGUGACGUUUAAAGCAGUAAACUAUUUAUAUAUAUUGGAAACAUUGGAGCAUAUAAUAGUUUCAAUAUAAUUCUAUUUAAAUAUUCCACAUAAAAAAAUAUUAUAGAACAUAUAGUAUUGGAAUUUGGACUUCAUACAUCUAUCUUAUCAUGUCUAUAGAUUUUUCUGUCUAUGUCAUAUAUUUUACCAUGCCUAUUUCUUUUAAUUAAAUAAAACGCGUACUAUGUGAUAUACUAAAUAUUACAAUACCUAGAUAGCAAUUCAGGACAAGAGAAAUAUUUACUACUACAAAUUUUCGUUUGGUUGCAAUCACGUUGCUAUAAUGAAGAUGCAAAUCCAUUCAUAUAGGGCAACCUAAAAGUAACAGGAAGAAAACUGUUUCCCAAGCAACUGAAGAGCAAUAGCGUACAGAACUUAUUAAUAUAAAAUUUUCAAAGUAGAGAGAUAUUUGACUGUUAAUGAAACAACACAACUUGAAAGCCUUCUACUGUCGCAGCUAGAUCUUUGUGCUUGUUUUUAUUUGUGUGAUUUUAUAACCUUUCUCGAAUUCAAUGAACUGCUCGCCGAAUUAUUUUUUCAAUCAUAACACAGCUCUACAUUGAACAAGAUUAGGUAAUAUCACAUAUUAUUAAAAUUGAAAUUAAUAUUAACCCUUUCCCCCCUGAAAAAAUUGUAAAGAAUUUAUUGCGGAAAAGUGGUCGAGUUGGCUAAGACAUCCGUACUGGAGAUUCGGGAGAUCUCAGGUUCACACUCUGGCUGAGAUGAUAUUUUUCGCAAUAAAUUCUUUACAGUUUUUUUCAGGGGAGAAAGGGUUAAUAUUAAUUUUAAAUUUAAUAAUACGUGAUAUUACCUAAUCUUGUUCAAUGUAGAGCUGUGUUAUGACUGAAAAAACAAUUUGGUGCACAGUUCAUUGAAUUCGAAGAAGAUAUAUAAAAUCACACAAAUAAAAACAAGCAUAUAAUUUUCAGUAAGUUGUUAUAAAAUCGCAUACACGACAUGCGUUUCUGACAAUAUCUUAAACAGAAUCGAAAGCCACUUUCCUCAAAAAAGAUGACAACUUAGCAAUGCAUUUUUAUCAAAUUGAUAGCAACAUGCGAGAAACUUGCUAUCUGGGUUAUAGCUUUUUAACAGAUAUAAUAAAAAAUUUUAUUAGCAACUGUGAAAUAUUUGAUCGAUAAAUGAUUUUACAAGUUUAAUUCUAUUGCUCAAGUAAAUAAAUAUUUUGAAGAGUAAAUAUCAUUAAUAUAAAUUUUCUUUAUUUACAGAAAAAAGAAGCCCAAUUCUUUAAUAAAUUCUAAAAGAUUUUGUAGACGUAAUGGCUACAGCGGAAGAAGAAGUUACAGAUUUACUUUGGGAAGAAAUGAAGAUUUUUGCCAUAGAUCAGCAACAAUGCUUGUACGAACUUCUUCCCGAUUAUACAAUAUUUAAAAGUGAUGAACGUAAAUAUCUAAAACAAAAUGUUGGAUAUGCGAUUUAUGGGUCACCGACAAAGACUAAAGGCAAUAGUACAAAAAUAGAGAACAAUUGUUAUUUCAUAACAGAAAAUCCAAACGAUGCAAAUGAUGCAACUGAUAUAGUGAAGUAUAAUGAAGAAGCUAAAAAAAUAAUAGAUAAAAUGUAUGAUCGGAUAUGCGAAUUUACUAUAGAAACAGAUGAUUUUCAAUCAAUUUACUUUGGAACAAUUUAUAUUAUGAUAUUCCGUCCUAAAAGAAAUGUGAAACCUAAGAAAAAAGAAGAAAAAAAGGAAGUAAAGAAAGAUACAAAAGCAGUAAUAAAAAAAGAACCAAAAAAAGAUGAAAAUGAACUGUUUGACAUAACGUUUAUACCCAUUUUUAAAUUCAAAAAAAGUGUUCAAAAAAAGUGCAAAGCUACAAAGACAUCCAAACAAGAAAAUACACCAACUGCUGUUGAAAUACUGUACGAAACAUGGUACAUUGAUCUCAGUGGCAGAAUAUACAAAACUUGGGAAGAUUAUAAAACAAAUAAUAACUUACCACAGUGCACUAUGGUUCUUCCGAAAGAUGGUUUUUAUCAACCAGAUCCAAAUUAUCCAUUUACAAAGGAUUAUUCGAAAGUUUGGGUGGAGAUUAUGGAUUCCCCUGCAUGUAGGUGGACAUCAAAACUUUGUAAUGGAAUAGAUAUAGCUUCUAGUGUCGUCGGAAUUGGCACAGUUGGUUUGAGUUUCGCUUCACUGUUCACACCUCUUGCGCCAAUUGUUAUUGUGUCAGGUGUUGCUGCUGCUGGUGUAAGUGGUGCUUGGUCACUUGGCCGAAAUUCUAAACAAUUAGCAGAUCGCAGUAGUCAUGAAGAAUCUAUUCAUCUUUUGAACAAAGAAGCAUUCCCACAUUAUCUUGGCAUAGCCGCCACCGCAUUUAGUUUAGGAGCAGUUGGAGGAACAGCGAUUAUUUCUAAAGCUGCUGCACGCGGUAUGACAGUAAAUACCUUUGCAAGGGGUGUAUUCAAUACUAUACAAGGUGGCAACCUGUUCUUGAACGGCGUUGGUGUGGCAUAUCAGGGUUAUAAUAUGAUAAACAAAUAUAGAACGGAGGAGACAAUUAGUGUCGUAGAUGCAUUAAAUUUAGCAACGCAUCUCAUGUUUUUCUGUAGCUCUGUAGUAAAGAUUGAAUUUGCCAGCGAUAUUAUUGAAAGUACUCAAGGUAGAGUUAUCAAUGAUUACAGGGAAAAUUUAGGCUCCAAACGUCUGCGCAAAAAGUUCAAUCGCGUUAAAAAUAAAGCUGCCGAAAAUAAUGUAUGUAAAAUAUCCGAAAAUGCGGAGGUGAUACGCUAUAUAAAAAAUCGUCAAGAGCUAUUGUCUAAUCAGUCUGUAAUUAACAGUGGUAACCGGAUAUUAGACAAUACUUCACGUAAUAUCGCAUGGUCGUGUGAGGGUGGCAGAAUAAUGGUCAAUGGUAUCUUAUUAUUAGAUCCUAUCGAGUAUGUUAAUCGUCUUAUAAGACUGGGCAUAUUUAUCGACGACCAAAACAAUUCCACUGGAAGUCCGCGAAACGAUGCUAAUGACGAUAACGCUGAUCAGUUAUUGAAAGUAUUAUGUGAUUUAUUAUCAAAGUUCUUUGCAAGCGAUGAUUGUCCAAAAAGCACGAAACUACCGGUAGUAUCAGAUUUCGAAUCGCUAAUAAGGGAAAUGAGUUCCAUGCAUAUUAAUAAAAAUUACUUAAAGAUGCUGUUUAAAAUCACUGAAAAAUUAAUGAAACGUUCUAAAAAUAUGGACGACUUUUUAUUUCAAGCAUUUAUUUUUGUUUGGCAAUAUUGUAAAGCAAACUUGGAGCAGUGGGGAAUGAGCUAUUGCACACAAAGCAUUUCUGGUAGUAACAUUUUGCAAAAGGUUAUAAUCAGGGUAAUUUAUGAAGCAAUUGAUAUAAUACUUAAUAAUUUGUUCCAUGCCUUUGCGAUGUACAUAGAUUCCAAAAUGAACAGAUAAAUCGAGAAUAUAAAUUCCAAUAUUAAAGCAAAUUAGAAAAAUAUUGUGCACAUUAGCUUAUAGCAGUAUGUCAUAAUUUUGAUAAAAAUAUAUACUAUAAUUAUUGGUAGAAAACGAAUAAAGUUUAAGCUUUAGAGUAGAAUAAUAAAAUCUGGAGCACACAGCUUUGUACGACUGAUUGUGAGAUAUAUCGUUAUCAAAUAAUGAAAAUUAAACACAUAUGAAAAUGAAAAUAAACACAAUGAAAAUAAAUAUAGUAUAAAUUAUAUUAAUUUAAAUGAAAUUUCUAUCGAGAAGUUUACAUGGGUGCUGGCACGUAUAUUAUAUAAUUUUAAUUAUUAUUUGUUUAUAGAAAAUAUCUCAAAUUUGAUAGACAUCAAUUUCGAAUUAUAUAAUGUAUAAUCAAAUAUAAAAGUAUUAAUACUUUUUGAGACAAAUAUUUAUAAUUUCUAAAUAAAAAAUAUUAAUAAUGUAUAAAUAUUUAUUAAUUUUUCUAAUUUGCUAAACAUUAGCUAUGUCUUAUCAAAUGAUGAGUCUACUAACAUUGUUUUUUGUAAAGAAUUCGAUAUUGUCUUUUAUUUCAAACUCACUAACAUCCAUAUGUAUUUCAUUUUCGAUAAAUUUCAAAUCUUGCAUUAAUUGAAUCUAACAAUCUUGAAAAGUAUUAUGUGUAUAUAUAUUUGUUUAAAACGUCUUUUAGAGUAAUAUUUUAAAUAAAUGAAUAAUGUAUAUUUUCAAAAUAUUGUAAUAUAUCUGAAUUAUGAAGAAGAGCAACUUUUACAAUUUGAAAUAAUAUCAAAUCAUUAAAAAUGUACUGCAUAUGAAUGUGUGCCUUAUAUUUUAAUCUUUAUAUAUAUUUGUUUGCAUUAUAUGAUUAUUAUUAUAAAUUGUUAUACAAUAAAUAUUCUCUACUUUCUUA